AUGGUAAAGCAGUACUACAAUGUUCAGCCUGUUCAACAGCAGCAGCAGCAGCAGCAGCAGCAGCAGCAGCAGAGGGAGGGCCAGGCUAUGACCAAGUUGGAAUCCAACUGUCCUGAUGCAUGUCUCACGACGGACACCAGAGGGCGCUCCAGCCUCGAGAGCGAGGCCCAGAGCUUCGGCCUGCUGGACCCCAAGCUCUGCUACUUGCUGGACGGGAUCCUCUUCAUCUAUGGUAUCAUUGUCACGGCUUUGUUCCUGAGAGCAAAGUUCGGCAGGAGCACAGAAGUGCCCCAGUACCAGCAGGGCGCCAACCAGCUUUAUAACGAGCUCAAUUUGGGGCGACGAGAGGAGUACGACCUUCUGGAUAAGAGACGGGGCCGGGACCCUGAGGUGGGAGGGAAGCAGCCCGGGAGAAAGGCUCCGCAGGAAGGCGUGUACAACGCACUGCAGAAAAACAAGAUGGCAGAGGCCUACAGCGAGAUCCGGAUGAAAGGAGAGAACCAGCGGCGGCGAGGCAAAGGGCAUGAUGGCCUCUACCAGGGACUCAGCCCGGCCACCAAGGACACCUACGAUGCCCUCCACAUGCAGGCCCUGCCCCCUCGCUAACAGCUCAGGACCUGCAGGCACCCAGACUGCUGAAGGCUCCGGAUGCCA